GAAUACAGUGAAACAUGGGAAACCAAAUGAGGAAAGACUUACCGGAAAAAGACUUUGAAUAUCUAGAAAAACAUACAGAUUUCCGGAAACCGGAUAUUAUGGAGUUUUAUAAAGAAUUCAUGAAAAUCAAUCCGGAUGGAAAUAUGAAACUUGAAGCUUUUCAAGACUUUUUGAAAGGUUGUUAUAAAGAAAAUAGUUCCGAAUUCGCUGAACGUUAUUUUCAUGCUGCAGAUAAAGAUAAAAGUGGGAAAAUAAAUUUUAAAGAAUUUUUAUUAUUCUUGAACCAUGAAUGUACUUCAGAUCCAGUGGAAAAACUGAAUUGGGUGUUCGAUUUAUUUGACAUUGAUGGCAACGGUACCAUUGAAAGACCAGAAAUGAUUAAAAUUUAUAAGACAGUUAAAGAUUUAAGGAAGAAACGAUCAAAAUACGACCCAACUCCAGGACAAAUAGCCGAUAAAAUGUUUGAGAUAUGCGAUAAAAACGUUGACGAUAAACUAACAAAGGUAGAAUUUAUAACUACAUUUAUGGAAGAUCCUGUUUUGUUUGCAAUAUUCUGUGGAAAUAUGACAGAAGACGACGAAGAAGACACGUGAAAUCUUAGGUUGUCUGUAUAUUAUGAUUAAGAUGAUUCAUGAAAAUGACAAAAAGAUUGCUUUUACAUUAAAACUUAUUCUGCUUAUAAAAUUUGCA